ACGUGGCGGGACGUAGGUGUCAUGGCGAGCUCCAUCUGAAGUCUGUGCUGUUCCGGAGAGCGACCAGUCUUUCAAGAGGAUUUGAGACUAAUUGCAGAUAAUCAAGGUGGCCUUCUGCCCUGUGACUUACAGAUGGUCUCCAGAAUCAUCGAGUUGACAUCCUCCCAACUUAGCCACUUCAGUGAAAAGAGGAGCCAUCUCUCCUGUUAGCUCAGCACAGAAGUCCUGGUGAUGAUCAUGACCGAAGAUGCCUUCUGCAUCCUGUGAUACACUAGUGGAUGACAUAGAAGAUAUUGUGUCGCAGCAAGAUUCAAAGCCACAAGAUAGGCAUUUUGCAAGAAAGCACAUUGUUCCAAAGGUGCGAAGAAGAAAUACCCAACAGAAUUUGCAAGAGGAGGAGAGUCCACCAAGUGAUAGCACUAUUCCUGGCAUACAGAAAAUUUGGAUACGGACAUGGGGUUGUUCUCAUAAUAAUUCAGAUGGAGAAUAUAUGGCUGGACAACUAGCUGCUUAUGGAUAUAAAAUUACAGAAAAUGCAUCAGACGCAGAUUUGUGGCUCCUGAAUAGUUGUACUGUAAAAAACCCGGCUGAAGAUCACUUUAGAAACUCCAUUAAAAAAGCUCAAGAGGAGAACAAGAAAAUAGUGCUAGCGGGAUGUGUUCCUCAAGCCCAGCCUCGUCAGGACUACCUUAAAGGACUGAGUAUCAUAGGGGUUCAACAGAUAGAUCGUGUAGUAGAAGUUGUGGAGGAAACCAUUAAAGGUCACUCUGUGAGACUGCUGGGUCAGAAGAAGGAUAAUGGAAAACGGCUCGGGGGAGCACCGUUGGAUUUGCCAAAGAUUAGGAAGAAUCCACUGAUAGAAAUCAUUUCCAUCAAUACUGGGUGUCUCAAUGCUUGUACCUAUUGCAAAACUAAACACGCUAGAGGGAAUUUGGCCAGUUAUCCAAUUGAUGAACUAGUAGAUAGAGCCAAACAGUCAUUUCAAGAGGGUGUUUGUGAGAUAUGGUUGACCAGUGAAGACACAGGAGCUUAUGGCAGAGAUAUUGGCACUGAUCUCCCCGCACUCCUGUGGAAACUGGUUGAAGUGAUUCCUGAGGGAGCAAUGCUGAGGCUUGGCAUGACAAAUCCGCCCUAUAUUUUAGAGCAUCUGGAGGAAAUGGCUAAAAUCCUUAACCAUCCCAGAGUCUACGCUUUUCUGCACAUACCAGUCCAGUCUGCCUCUGACUCUGUGCUCAUGGACAUGAAAAGGGAAUACUGCGUGGCUGACUUCAAAAGAGUGGUGGAUUUUCUGAGGGAGAAAGUUCCUGGGAUAACUAUUGCUACAGAUAUUAUCUGUGGUUUUCCUGGAGAAACGGAUCAAGAUUUUCAAGAAACAGUGAAACUUGUUGAAGAGUACAGAUUUCCAAGCCUGUUUAUUAACCAGUUUUACCCAAGACCAGGCACUCCUGCUGCAAAGAUGAAACAAGUUCCAGCACAAGUGAAAAAGCAAAGAACAAAAGAUCUUUCUCGGGUAUUUCAUUCUUACAGUCCAUAUGAUCACAAGAUUGGUGAAAGACAACAAGUGUUAGUAACAGAAGAAUCUUUUGAUUCCAAGUUUUAUGUUGCACACAAUCGAUUCUAUGAGCAGGUUUUAGUGCCAAAGAACCCCACGUUCAUGGGAAAAAUGGUCGAAGUGGACAUUUAUGAAUCAGGAAAGCAUUUUAUGAAAGGGCAGCCAGUAUCAGACGCCAAAGUAUACACACCAUCCAUCAGCAAACCGUUAGCAAAAGGAGAAGUCUCUGGUUUAACAGAGGAAUUCAGAAACAGGCUUGGGAAGCCCCAGAGCUCCACAUCCCACACCGCUGCUGCAACUCGACGAGACCCUGUGAGUCCCGGAGUGGGGCCGCCGUGGCGCCGGCCACACCGGGGGUGCGCACUGGUGCUGUCCGUUGGCCUGGCUCUGUUCGCUCUCCUUUUUGCUUUUUCUGUCAAGGUCUAUAAUUAAAACACAACUCAGUGAGCCAUCUGUGAAGAAGAAGAAAUUCCUAAUUAAAAUCUGCAGUGAACAGGAAAGCGACCCCGUCAGUUCUAAAGAGCAGUGAUUUAUACUGGUCUCCUUGCCACCUUUUUAGCUACACUUUUUAACGAGGCUCACCCUGUCUCACACAGAGUUGGGCCCACUGGCAUUUGAUCUACAGCCUAAUAACAGCUGCCUAGCAUAUCUUUUAAACUCAGCUCCUUUAGGUUUAUUUUUAGCAAAAAUGCAAGUGGUUGCAUCUCCUUAAGUCAUCAAUCUUCAAAUGAGAACCUAAAGUAAAGCAGAAUGGUCUGGUCACCUUUUCCUUAUGUGGAAAGACUUUUCAAUCUUUAAUACGCAUUUUUAAAUAUAUCUCCUUUUUCAUGCUUACUUUGGAGUCCCAAUGUUACAAGUAUCAUUUUUCACAGCAGAUGUGUUCCUGAAAAGUCUAUAUCAAUGCUUAUUUUUGGACCUUGAAUGCUUUUGGAAUGCGCAGGGGAGUCUGCCGUUAAAGGACUCUCAGCAACAGCUGGAGAAGUGCAAGGAAUCACCCACGUCUUUAGCGCUCAUGUAACUUCAGAAACUGGAUUCAUCUAAAACAAGCUGUGCCCUUUUUCUGACAUUUUGACUGAUUACACCAAAUGUUUAUUUCUACCUGACGUCAUUGGCCUUUACUAAAUGAAGUGACUUCUUUCACAAUAAAAGGAAUUGCUGUAACAAACAAA